AAAACUGAUUGGGAAGUAGCCAUAAAGAGCAUUAACAAAAAGAACUUGUCAAAGUCACAAAUCCUGCUUGGAAAAGAAAUAAAAAUCUUAAAGGAACUUCAGCACGAGAACAUCGUAGCUCUCUAUGAUGUCCAGGAAAUGCCCAAUUCUGUCUUCUUGGUAAUGGAGUAUUGCAAUGGUGGGGAUUUGGCCGAUUACUUACAAGCUAAAGGAACUCUUAGUGAAGAUACCAUCCGAGUGUUCCUCCAGCAGAUUGCAGCAGCUAUGCGUAUUCUGCACAGUAAAGGAAUCAUUCAUAGGGACCUUAAACCACAGAAUAUUUUGUUGAGCUACGCCAGUCGUAGGAAGUCAAGUGUCACUGGCAUACGCAUCAAAAUAGCUGACUUUGGUUUUGCUCGUUACCUGCAUAGCAACAUGAUGGCUGCAACUCUGUGUGGCUCCCCUAUGUAUAUGGCCCCUGAAGUGAUUAUGUCUCAACACUAUGAUGCUAAAGCAGACCUGUGGAGCAUAGGAACUGUGAUUUAUCAGUGUCUUGUUGGAAAACCACCUUUUCAGGCCAAUAGUCCUCAAGAUUUGAGAAUGUUUUAUGAAAAGAACAGGAAUUUGAUUCCUAGUAUUCCUAGGGAAACAUCAGCUUACCUGGCUGACCUGCUGCUGGGUUUGCUUCAGAGGAACCAGAAAGAUAGAAUGGACUUUGAAGCAUUUUUCAACCACCCUUUCCUGGACCAGAUUUCAACAGUCAAAAAGUCUUGUCCUGUACCGGUGCCCACAUACGCAGGCUCAGUCUCUGGCAGUUCCUGUGGUAGCUCUCCUUCGUGCCGUUUUGCUUCUCCUCCAUCUCUGCCAGACAUGCAGCAUAUUCAAGAAGAAAAUUUGUCUUCCCCUCCAUUGGGUCCCCCUAACUAUCUUCAAGUAUCUAAAGACUCUGCCAGUACCAGUAGCAAGAACUCCUCUUGUGACACAGAUGACUUUGUUCUUGUGCCACACAAUAUCUCUUCAGACCACUCGUAUGAUAUGCCAUUGGGAGCAGCUGGCAGGCGAGCUUCGAGCGAGUUCUUGAUGUGUGGAGGGCAUUGUCAACCUUCAGUAUCCCCCCGCAGCGAAACAGCGCCUAUCCCGGUUCCCACUCAGCUACGGAAUUACCAGCGCAUAGAACAGAACCUCUCCUCUACUGCCAGCCCUGUGUCAAACCCCCAUGGAUCACCCAGAGCUGGAGUUGUGAGACGCUCAAACACUAGCCCAAUGGGCUUCAUGAAGAUGGGCUCCUGUUCUCCAGUACCAGCGGACACUGCACAGGGUGUGGGGCGCAGGUUAUCCACAGGGUCUUCUAGACCCUAUUCUCCUUCGCCACUCGUUGGAACCAUACCUGAGCAGCUGGGACACUGCUGUUGCGGACAGCUCCAAGGACAUGAAUCGAGGAGUAGAAACUUCUCAGGUUCUCCAAUACCACCAUCGCAGUCUCCACAGUCGCUUUUGAUGGGAGCAAGGUUGCAGAGUGCUCCUACUCUCACAGAUAUUUACCAAAACAAGCAGAAGCUCAGAAAGCAGCAUUCAGACCCGGUAUGCCCAUCCUACGCUGGGUAUGGAUACAGUCAUUCUCCACAGCCAAGUAGGCCAGUUAGCCUGGGAACAUCACCUACCAAGCAUAUGGGAUCGUCACCUAGGAAUUCAGACUGGCUGUUCAAAAGUCCAUUACCAACAAUCAUUGGCUCUCCUACUAAGGCAACAGCUCCUUUCAAAAUACCUAAAACUCAAGCAUCUUCAAACUUGCUGGCCCUGGCUAAUCGCCAGGGCUCAGUAGAUACGCCGUUGCAGCCUAAAGACAUCACUGACCCAAGGGAUUUCACGCACUUCCACUCGACCCGGGGAGGUGAAAAGCAGGCAGGAGAACAGCACAGCAAAACUACAUUCGGCAGGUCUGUUAGUACGGGGAAGCUGUCAGAUCAGCAGGUAAAGACUACCCUUGGUGGGCAGUUAUAUCAAGGCAGUACAGACAGCCUCAAUACAGAGCGACCAAUGGAUACAGCUCCGGCAGGGACCUAUGGAAUUGCAAUGGCACCUCCUUCCAUGGGAAGCGGGGCAAGUUCUCGGGCUGUCAUGUUUACUGUUGGGUCCCCUCCAAGCAGCGCCACCCCUCCUACCUGCACCCAUAUGGUCCUCAGAACCAGAACCACCUCAGUUGGAUCAAACAGUUCUGGAGGGUCUCUCUGCUCUACUAGUGGCCGUGUAUAUAUGGGCUCUCCUCCUGGUAUUUAUAUGGGUUCUUCUCCUCCGGGAGCCGAGGCAGCUCCGAGUCUGAAGUACAUGCCUUAUGGUACUUCGCCUCCCAGCUUAGAGGGCUUUAUCACUUUUGAAGCUCCUGAAUUGCCUGAGGAAACUUUAAUGGAGAGAGAACAUACAGAUACCCUGCGUCAUCUGAACAUGAUGCUGACAUUUACAGAGUGCGUUCUGGAUCUGACAGCAGUGCGAGGAGGAAACCCAGACCUGUGUACUUCUGCAGUAUCGCUGUAUCAAAUCCAGGAGAGCAUAGUUGUUGAUCAGAUCAGCCAGCUCAGCAAAGAAUGGGGACAAGUAGAACAGCUGGUGUUGUAUAUGAAGGCCGCCCAGUUACUAGCAUCUUCUCUGCAUCUUGCCAAAGCACAGGUCAAAUCUGGGAAACUGAACCCAUCCACUGCUGUUAAGCAAGUUGUGAAAAGCCUCAACGAGAGAUACAAAUUCUGUAUCGGCAUGUGCAAGAAAUUGACGGAAAAGUUAAAUCGUUUCUUUUCGGACAAGCAAAGGUUCAUUGAUGAAAUCAACAGUGUAACUGCAGAGAAGCUCAUCUACAGCUGUGCUGUAGAAAUGGUUCAGUCAGCAGCUCUGGAUGAGAUGUUUCAGCAAACUGAAGAUAUCACAUAUCGAUACCACAAAGCAGCCCUGCUGCUGGAAGGACUGACUAAAAUACUGCAGGACCCUGCAGAUAUAGAAAACGUACACAAGUAUAAAUCUAGCAUCGAGCGAAGGCUUUCCGCACUUUGCUAUAGCACAGUGGCUGUAUAUGAGCAGUAGGAAUAUCCCAAGGACCAGAUGGUGUGAACAUAAGGGACCACAUCAGUGAUACUGCACUUUUUUGACUACAGCUUAAUUGUUGUCCUUGUUCUGCCCCACGUGGAAGAUGAUUCUGACAGUUCUGUGGUGACUACCAAAGAAACAGCAGCGUAUUCAAAGAGGAGAAAUUCCAAAAGUACACUUGCCUUACUGAUACAGCAGCUCCUUUUUCUUCCUAGCAACAGAAUUUAAAAGAAUCUCUCUUCACAUUUCAGACUGAUCCUUGUACGUGUGCUUUGAACUCGAAUGAUCAGGGGUUUGCUUUUUCCUCCUGAGGUUUAUAGAGAGUGGAUCCUUCUGCAUCAGGUACAAAAAGACAUUUCCCUCAGAAGAUUUCCUCAAAAGUUUGUAAAAAAACAUUUUUAAAUGGUCAGUAAAAUGUGGCAGAGCGAAUUUGGGAAACCCUAACCAUGUGCAAGUGCUGUUGGAAGCUUCUGGGGCUAAGCUGGCUUGUGUCGGAGCUCGUAGGUUGUAGGCAGGGCUCAGCUUGUCGUGUGGAGGGAUGGCGAGAAGGUGCCCUUUUACACAGGGUAGAGGUGGUGAUGGAAGAAACUGUGCUCCCUCUCUGCAAAAUCCC